GUCUGCAAGUGAGAGCUGUAGGCGUGACCCCCAGGGCCGUGCUGGAUCAUGUUUGCCUGUCGCUUGCCCUGGUGGAGAUCCAGUGUCACCUGCAAGUCGUGGCAAUCAGGUCACUUUCUGCCUUGGGGCAGCUGCCAAAUGCUGACUAUUAAAGGAAUCAACACGACUGUGGGGCAGGAGCAACAGGCCGGCAUGAAGGAAAAACAAGUGUUAGAAGAUUCGGAAAUGCACCUCGCAAGGAGAGACACAGAGGGCCUCUUCCAAGAGCAGCCUGAGCCUGGGAACCAGUACUUGGAAGACACUUUGCUACGGAGUUACUUGAAAACACACCUUCCUCCCAAGGUCCUGGAGGAGGUGCAUCAGGACCUGGAGAGGUUUGGAAACCGCCUGCUGACCAAGAUCCAGGCUCUGAGCUGGGAAUGUGAGCUGAACCCCCCCGUGUUCCGGCAGUUCGAUGCCUGGGGGCGGCGCGUGGAUCACAUCCACACCUGCUCGGCGUGGAGGAGGAUGAAGGAGAUUUCAGCAGAAGAAGGGCUGAUUGCUGAGGCCUAUGAGAAAAGAUACUCCAACUGGAGCCGCCUGUACCAGGCUGUCAAACUGUACUUGUUCUCGAGCUCCUCUGGAGGUUUCAGCUGUCCACUGGCCAUGACUGAUGGGGCAGCCAAAGUCAUUGAGUCACUGGGUAUUCCUGAACCUCUGAAAAAUGCCUUUGACCGUCUGACAUCCCGUGACCCUGAGAAGUUCUGGACCUCUGGCCAGUGGAUGACGGAGCGAAGGGGUGGCUCCGAUGUCGCAAAUGGCACCGAGACCGUGGCCAGGAAGCAGCCGGAUGGCACCUAUCGUCUGUAUGGAUUUAAGUGGUUCACAUCAGCAGCUGAUUCUGACAUGGCAUUAACCCUGGCCAGGAUAGCAGAUGCUGAAGGACAGUGUACCCAGGGCUCCAGAGGCCUGUCCUUGUUCUUCCUGAGGGUUCGGAAUGAGGAGGGGAAGCUGAACAACAUCCAGGUGCAAAGGCUGAAGGACAAGCUGGGCACGAGGCAGAUGGCAACAGCAGAGCUGUGGCUGCAAGGAGCCAGAGCAGAGCUGAUCUCUGCAGAGGGCCGUGGAGUGGCCGCCAUCUCCAACAUGCUGAACAUCACUCGGAUCCACAACGUCAUUGGUGCAGUGGCUUCCAUGAGAAGGAUGAUCAGUCUGAGCAGGGACUACGCCCGCAAGCGCGUGGCCUUCGGGAAGCUGCUCAAGGACCAUCCCCUGCACGUGCAGACAAUAGCCCGGAUGGAGGUGCAGGUGAGAGGGGCAUUCCUGCUGCUCAUGGACAUCGUUCGCCUGCUGGGCCUGGCUGAAACCAACCUGGCCAGUGAGCAGGAGCAGCUGCUGCUGAGGCUGCUCAUCCCAGUGGCCAAACUGUACACAGGGAAGCAGGCUUCUGCCGUGGCUGUUGAGGCAAUGGAGAGUUUUGGGGGCCAAGGUUACAUGGAGGACACAGGCUUGCCAGUCAUACUCCGGGAUGCUCUGGUGCUGUCCAUAUGGGAGGGAACAACCAAUAUCCUGUCCCUGGAUGUGCUGCGAUCCCUGGCCAAGAGCAAAGGGCAGGUGAUGGCUGUGUUCCUGUCCACAGUGCAGGUUCUCAGUGUGCAGGACUUGUGCCCAUUGUCAGGCUUUGCAGAAAGCAGCAUUAGUACCUGUACAGCUCUUGGUUCUCUGAAAGUCAUUUCAAGGAAAAAGCUGGAGCUGGCUUCAGGCACUGAGGAGCUGUCCCCAGCUGUGCAGAGGGCACAGGAAGCCAUCGGGAGCCUCCGGCAGUUCAUGGCAGCCACGGGCUCAGAGCGGGCACUGACCAUGGAGAUGGCAGCCAGGGACUUCUCCUACAGCCUGGCACGGAUCUACACAGGAGCUGUCUUAAUGGAACACGCGGCUCGGCCCGGCGCUUCCCCCACAGACAUCUGCGCUGCCCUGAGGUGGUGCGAGCAGGAGCUGUGCCCGGUGGCCGCGGAGUCAGCGAGGGGCGGCUACGGGGCCGGGGCAGCGCUCCGGGACAGCGCCCUGGUGUUCGGGAGUAGCCGGCUCUGAGCGCCCGCAGCCCCCGCACGGACACCAGUGCUGACCACAGACUUCCACCCCUGGGGGGGGUUUGCUCCAGGGGCAGCCCUUUCCACCCACUGUGGCUGUGAACAUUGACCUCAGAAACUGCAGCUUUCUGAAGAAAAAAGGGAUUUUUAUUCUUUCUGGCCUCCAGAAAGUUGAUUAAUUCCCUAUGCAUGUGUCCUAAUGAUGCUGCAAUCCAUCCUGACAUAAAUUCUACGUAAGUUUUGGACUGAAAUCCAGUAAUUCUCCACCUAAGCACUGGCUGUGGGCUUCUCCUUCCCCUCAGCCCAUCAGUCGACCUGCUUGGUAUUGCCCUGCUGGCUACAAGUUUUUAAUUAAGAAGUUGCUAAUAGAAGAAGAAAGGAUUAA